AUGAGGUUGCUUGUCGAGUUGACAGAUGAUGAUCGGAGCCUCGCAACGUCAGAAGCUAUGUGGGGGCCCAUACUAAGCUCAAAAGCCAUCGACAAGUCGAUCGCUGAUGCUGAUGCUGCUGCUGAUGCGUUGAUCGCCUUUCGUCGAAAGUCAAACGAAAGAAAGGACAAUUUCGUAUGUAAGCCCCGGCAAGACUGUGUUACGAGCGGUGAAUGUGCCUUUCAAAUUCGGGAUCUCGACACUGACUCUCGAAUCGCAGCUCAGGCAACCAUCGUUGUUGAUCUCCUACGCAGCUCGAGCUCCAUCGACUCUGAUUUCGGCGAAGCUGAUCAAGCCUCGCAGACUGCUGGCAGGGAUCCUUCGAACAUCGACAUCAGCUCAAUCUACUCAACGCAGCGUCCCGUCCAUCUGCUUUGCCCCAAACAGCUGCACGCAACUCGCGAGGUACAUCUCGUUGCCUACCCGACGCUGAAAACGAUAGAAAUCGGCACAGCUGCAUUGACAAGAGUCGAUCCGUCGAUUGUUUCCGACCUCACCAUCGCUCGUACGGACACCUGCGAGCUUUGCUUCCAUUCAAACGCCGCGCCAGUUCUGAUUAACAACUGA